AUGGAUGACUCAGUUGAAGUUCCAAACUACUUCAUCUGCCCAAUUUCCCUCCAAAUCAUGAAAGACCCAGUGACCACCAUCUCCGGCAUCACCUACGAACGCCAAAGCAUCGAACGCUGGCUCUUCACCGAUCACAACACCACCUGCCCACUCACCAACCAACCUCUCCCCAAAGACUCCCAUCUCACCCCUAACCACACUCUCCGCCGUCUCAUCCAAGCCUGGUGCACUCUCAACUCCCUCAAUGGCUUUGAACGUUUCCCAACUCCUAGAGCCCCUUUGGAUCACUCCAACGUCCUCAACCUUCUUCAUGACCUUACAAUCCCUCACCUCCAGCUCAAAACCCUUAAACUCAUCUCUGCUUUCGCCUCUGACAGUGAAAGCAACCGUAGAUGCAUGGUUAGAGCUGGUCUUCCUUCUUCUCUCAUCCACUUGAUCAUCUCCAUUAACCUUAAUGACUAUCAAGCAGUUCAUCAUGAGUCCUUGCAUGUUCUUCAUUCUCUUAAAGUUUCUACUGAUGAUUUGAAACCUCUUGUUGCUGAAAACCAUGACUUAAUUGAAGCUCUAACACUAAUCCUUCAACAUGCUUCUUCUUCUUCUUCUUCUUCGUCAAGUAGAGGUAACAAUGGAGAUGUGAUUAUAACAACAACUUGUCUGGUUUUGAAGUCCAUAUUUGAAGUUGCAAGUGAGAAGUUAUUUGAGAGAUUAAAGGUUGAGUUCUUUGAAGCUUUGAUAUCAGUUUUACGACGAGGGACAUCGCAACAAGUGAUAAAGGCUGUGUUGCAUGUCUUGCUUGAAUCUUGUCCGUAUGGGAGGAACCGGACUAAGAUAGUUGAUGCAGGUGCAGUCCCUGUGCUCGUUGAACUUGAGCUCACUUUGCCGGAGAAGAGAACAACGGAGCUUGUGUUCGGUGUUCUCGAUCAUUUAUGUUCUUGUGCCGAUGGUAGAGCGCAGUUUCUCGACCAUGCUGCUGGAAUUGCCAUUGUAUCAAAGAGGAUAUUAAGAGUUUCUCCGGGGGCUGAUGAUCGAGCGGUGACGAUUCUAUCGUCGGUUUGCAAGUAUUCGGCGACAAAUGAUGUUCUUCAAGAAAUGUUGAGAGUUGGAGCUGUGUCUAAGCUUUGCUUUCUUCUCCAAGCUAAUUGUUCAAACUAUGUGAGAGAGAGAACAAGGUGGAUUCUUAAGGUGCAUUCUGGUGUUUGGAAGAAGUCUCCUUGCAUCAAUGCUUAUUUGCUAACAAGGUAUCCUUAA